AUGUCAGAAAACUGGUUACUUGCAUUCAUCUUUGUUUGCUUCACAAAUGAAUCGUUGGAUUUUUCAGUUGUGUGGUCGGAAGACUGCCCUCCUCACUGGAUAAAGCACGGUUUUUCUUGUUACCUGUUCAUAAAAGACGUUCCUGAGGACUUCAUCGAAGCCGGGUCAUUUUGCCAAAGGCGUGGGUCGAGGCUGGUGGAAAUCGAGACAGUUGACGAAAACAACUUUCUCCGCUCACAUAUCGUUGGAACAAAUCCACAAGAGGGGUACUGGAUAGGACUAUCAGACAUUGUCUUUGAGGGAGAGUGGGUAUGGACAUCUACCCAGAAUAUGGCAUCAUUUAAGGACUGGUCACCGAAGCAGCCGGACAACUACCAGAGUCACCAAGACUGUGCCAUGUUCUUUGCGCCGGAUAAUUUCCACUGGAACGACCAUUUCUGUACAGUCAAGGCUGGAUUUAUCUGCGAAAUGGAAGCAGGAGAACCAAUUGAUAUUGUAGGAUAAGACGAGGAAAGGAAAAUGAUUGUAA